CCACCUGGGGCAUCACAUCAGCUUCAACAAAGCAGAGGAACUGAAGCUGACCUCAAAAAGUCGACCUUAAGAAGAAAGAGUGGCGCUGAGGAAGAGGAACAGUAGGAGGAGAACAGAGGAGAAAGAAGACACAGAGAGACAGACAUGAUUCACUCCAAUGACUCCAUCCGCUCCAUAUUCUGCUGCUGCUGUUCUGUUCAGACCAGGGAGAUCAGCACACACUUGGAAUUCGAGGGCAGAACUUCCUCGUGUUUUCCGACCAGGCGACACGCGGGCCGCGCCCGCCCUGAAGACAGGCCCUGGAAGAAACUCCCCCUUCCUCCACCUCAGAGCGGGGAAGGUGAAGGGCUGCUAAACGUCGUGGCCAUGUACGACUUCACUGCAAAGGAGGACACCGACCUCACGCUCAAACAGGGGGAGGAGUACGUCAUCCUCCACAAGCAGGACCAGCUGUGGUGGAGCGCACGGGAUAAACACGGGAAAAAAGGCUUCAUACCCAGUAACUACGUGACAGAAAAAAACAAGAUUGAAGCAAAUUCAUGGUACUGUAAGAACGUCACCAGAACAGAAGCAGAGCAGCUGCUGAAGCAGGAGGACAAAGAGGGUGGCUUUGUGGUGCGGGAGUCUAGUCAAAAGGGAGUCUACACUGUGUCCGUCUACACCAAAACAUUAAGUCCUAACGGAGAUGUACGGCAUUACCAGAUCAAAGUAACUGACACUGGACAAUUCUACCUCGCUGAAAAACAUACCUUCAGUUCCAUACCCGAUGUCAUACACUACCACGAGCACAAUGCGGCAGGUCUUGUGACCAGGUUGCGGUACGCAAUAGGACCAAUGGGAAGGUGUGUACCUGCCACAGCUGGCUUUAGCUCAGAAAAGUGGGAGAUCAAUCCCAGCGAGCUGACCCUGAUGAAGGAGCUGGGCUGUGGCCAGUUUGGAGUGGUGAAGCUCGGCAAGUGGAGGUCUCAGCAAAAGGUCGCAAUCAAGGCCAUAAGGGAGGGAGCCAUGUGUGAGGAGGACUUCAUCGAAGAGGCCAAAGUCAUGAUGAAGCUAUGCCAUCCAAAACUGGUGCAGCUCUACGGGGUUUCCCUACAGCAGCGGCCCUUGUUGAUUGUGGCCGAAUUCAUGGAGAACGGCUGCCUGUUGAAUUUCCUCCGGCACAGGGGCAGGACACUGAAAGACGCGUGGCUUCUGUCUAUGUGCCAAGAUGUCUGUGAGGGGAUGGAAUACCUGGAGUCAAACAGUUUCAUCCACAGAGAUUUAGCAGCAAGGAACUGUCUGGUUAAUGAACACAAUGUGGUGAAAGUCUGUGACUUUGGAAUGACCAGAUACGUUCUGGACAACCAGUACACCAGCUCCAGUGGUGCUAAGUUCCCCGUAAAAUGGUCUCCCCCUGAAGUUCUCCACUACAGUAAAUACAGCAGCAAGUCGGACGUCUGGUCCUUUGGUGUGGUGAUGUGGGAGAUAUAUUCGGAGGGUCGCACACCCUUCGAAAACCGCUCCAACUUGGAAGUAGUCAAUGACAUUACCAGAGGGAUCCGGCUGUACAAACCACACCGCGCCUCUCAGCGAGUUUUCACCAUCAUGUACAGAUGCUGGCACGAGAUGCCUCAGGGUCGGCCGCCCUUCUCAGAGCUCCUGGAUGAAAUUAGAAAACUUGCAGAAAAUCCAGAUUAACAUUAGUCAACUGUUUUUUUUUAAUGUUGAGUGAACACAUGUCAUAUUUGAUGUUGUAAAUAU